AUGCUCGUCAAGGCCGCUCUCCUCUCACUGCUCCAGGCGUCGGCCCUGGCUGUCUCCGCCGCCUCGGACAGGACUUUUGUCCGGAGUAACCAGCCUCGCGAUGGCUUCCCCGGCAAUGGCCCGCGCAACGAGCUCCCCACGGAAGAUGACUUGAGCGAGCUUGCUUCGAGUCAGAAGCGGGCCUUUUGCGUCGUCGAACCCGCCGGCGACGGCCGCGACGACGCGCCCGCCAUUUUGGACGCGCUCAAAGGACCUUGCAAGAAGGACAGCAUAGUCUUCCUCCCCGGCCCCAAGUACAACAUCGAGACGACCAUGACGACGCGGGACCUCGAGAAUGUCGAGAUCCACCAGCUCGGCCGCCUGGUUUGGACCCCGGACGUCAAAUACUGGCUCGCCCAGUCCAUGCCCGUCAACUUCCAGAACCAGUCGACUGUGUGGUACUUUGGCGGCGACAACGUCACAUGGGACGGUUACAACGUCGGCACACUCGAUGGCAACGGCCAGGUCUGGUACGACUGGGCACAGGGCAGGGGCAACCUGCCGCAUCGGCCCAUGAACAUCAACUACGACAAGCUGACCAACUCGGUGAUCAAGCGCAUGCGCUACGUCCAGAGUCAGAUGUGGACCAUGGCCAUCACCAACUCCAAGCACGUCGACCUGGACGACAUUUACGUCAGCAGCGUCUCCAACAGCACCGAGAACACGCUCAACACGGACGGCUGCGACACCAUCUGGUCCCACAACAUCACCUUCCGCCGGUGGUACGUCAGGAACGGCGACGAUGCCAUCGCGACCAAGAUGGACUCGUCCAACAUCCAGAUCUACGACAGCGUGUUCGAGGACGGUCAGGGCGUCGCCAUCGGCUCCCUCGCCCAGUACAACAAUCGCUUCGACUACGUCCGCGGCUUUACCGCCCGCAACAUCACCCUCAUCAACACGGCCCACGUCUCCUACAUCAAGACCUGGGCCGGCGUCUCCCGGGGGCUGCCACCCAACGGCGGAGGCGGCGGCCUGGGCGAGGCCACCAACAUCGUCAUGGAGGACAUCAGGAUUGAGGGCCUCCGCGAGCAGCCCUUCUUCUCCUGGCAGUGCGAAAACUACUCGGGAUGGGCCGGCAAGGACUGCAACUCGAGCAAGUUCAAGAUCAGCAACAUCGCCUGGCGCAACGUCCACGGCACCGUCAUUGACAGCGUCAACGACGUCGGCUCCUUCCAGUGCAGCCUCGCCGCCGGCGGCUGCAAGAACAUCGAGGCGACUAACAUCAAAAUCAGGAAAGUCAACGGCCAGUUAAUCGACAGGUACCGCUGCGAGAACGUGCACUCGCCAAAGGGGUUCAAGUGCAGCUAG